UCCUAUCAAAGAAACUAAAUCUUUUUAUAGUUCCGGUUUAGAAAUUAAAGUAACUGACCAAAUCUUUAAAAGAAUUCAGUCGUUUGUAGAAUUUGUGCAUGAAGACAAACGGUCAUUUUUCAUGACAAUUCUUGAAAGUGAAAAACAAAACGUUGAAUCUCUUAUCAACACUCAAUUGACAUUAAAAGAUAUAGAGUUAAUUCAAAAAGAUAAAGAGUUGAUUCAAAAAGAUAAAGUGUUGGAUAUAAUGGCAAUUAAUACAGGGCGUAUUUACAUGGAAUAUCUAAAAAUGAAAGGAAUAUAUCACCUAAGGGGAGUCCUCGAACUUUUUGAGACAGUACACAUGGAUCAUAUUCUAGGGAAUAGAGAAAACAAAUGGAUGGACUUUUUUGAAAAUAAAGAAGAAUUAAAAAUAUUUCAGAAUUUUUG